AUGGCUGGCGUCGCUCCGCCGGCGCGGAGCAGCGCGAUUCCCGACCUGAACGAGCCUUUCAUGGAGGAAGAUGUAGACGCCGCUAGGGCAAAUAUUCCCGCCGACAUGGUGGUCGACGUAGACGCCGCUAGGGCAAAAAUUCCCGCCGACCCGACCAUCCCCCUACCGCCAGGGACGAAAGGGGCUCCCGAACCCGGGCCGGACCGGUACUCGCCGCGUUCGGACACGGAGCAGCCGCCGCCAAUUGGACCAUUUCCAGAAAACGACUACAUGUAUCUGACCGUAGAGGACUUGUUGGCAGCCGACGAGAAAGAUGACGCCUUCCUGCAUAACAUUCCUCGCGACGAUUUUGCGGAAGCCGCCUUCGACAUCAACAAAGAGCUCGCCAAGAAGAACAGAUUGCUGAGGAUGAUGUGGGCUUUCCGGCAUCUGGACACGCUGGAGGCGAGAACGACCCGGGUUCAGUACCUGCGGGCGCUGCUCGACUUCAGGAGAUGGUGCUGCGCAAACCUUCCAAGACAGCCAACCGCCAGAGUCAAGGGGGACGGCGUGCUGGAACACGAGGACGAGAUAGGGAGGUACAUCGACGAAGACAUGGGUGAUCAGUGGCACACCGCCAAGGGCGACCUACAAUGGAUGCACGGUCCCUGCGUCAACGCCACGCGGAUCAGGGCGUACAUUCUGUCAAUCGCAAGGGAGUAUGGUAUUGCAAAGGCCGAGGAGCUCGAGGAGCUGAAUCCCGACGUCCGUGUCCAGCCCCUGAAGCCGACAUCGGUUUCGAUGCUGCUCAUCCGUAUCAAAGCGCUCCAGACAGCCUGCAAGGUCGAGGGGACGCUCUUUGGGGUGAAGGAGCUCCACAUCAUGUACGACAUCUCCGAGGUCCGCUCGGAGGUGCGCGCGAUGGUCAGAGAGAAGUGGCACAGGGACGACAGGGAUUGCGUCGACCGGCACCGCGGAACGCUCGGCGACACGUACACCACCGACCAGAUCCGCCACCUCAUGUUCAAGGUCUUGCCGACCUGGGCAGCUCGGGCGUACGAACCCAAAGCGGCCACCCCCUCCCAGACACUGUGGAAGUUUCUGCUGAUGAAGAUGAUGACCCUCUUGGGUCACCACACCCUUCUCCGCGGAGCCAGUCUCCGAGCGAUCGAGCUCCCCGACCUGUUUUUGUACAGAAUGGGGAGCGCGUCGCCCGAGCACUCCACUCGACGGCCGGUUGUCAUAGUCGUCGCGUCACGAAACUCCAAGACGAACAAGGAUGCUCGUCUGCAUCACAGCUACGCGGCGAGACACCUGGACCAAGAGAUGUGCGCCAUCGGUCACACACUGUUGUGGCUCCACUUCGUGUACGACCAGCUCAGCCGAUCGCCCACUUCUCGAUGUGUGCCGCCCCUCGACUUCACGACUCCGUACAGGUGGUAUCACAAGCACCUCUUUCAUGCUCGGAACGACAAGGAACAAAAAGAGCUGCCGGCGUCAUCUCAUUCUCGGAUCACGAAAGAGAUGUGGCGGACGAACAACAUCUUCAUCACGCGCAACACCCACGCCGCCCGGGCGGGUGGGGCACACGAGCUGGCCGACGACGGCGUUCCGCGAUCUGACAUCGCCGACUUGGGCCACUGGGCGCUCGACAAGCUCGCGAAGAGCUACAUCACGACCAUCCCGAAGGCGGCGGUGUUGAGAAAGGCCGGCUACACGGGCAAGCGCGGCGACUACCACCUCGGCCGGAGCAUGGUGAAGCCCGACGACAAGGUGAGUUCCAAGCUCUGCCGCGACCCCGACUUCCAGAAAUGGGCUAAGGACGUCAACCGGGUGGACCUCGAAACCAUCGCGACGCGCAGUACUCCGAGCGAGAACCCCCAAGAGGAAUUCAGCGCGCGAAUCGACGCCGAAUAUCAGGUCGACCAGCUCACCAUGAUGCUGCACCGCCAGAGGGAGGAUGCCGCGAUCGAGAAGCUUGAGAUGCAGAAGAAGUUGGAGGAGAAGGACGCGGAGAUCGCGAAGUUGAUGCAGGCUCUCAAGCUGGCCGAGGCACGGCCGACGCCGUCUGCGCCCGCACCGUCAAGGCCGAUGACGGCCGCCGAGAAGGCAGCGUCCGUCAAGAUCGAGAAGGAACAGGAGGAUGACCUGACGUACGAGGUCAACGUCGUGCAUCCCUGGCGCACAUCAAAGACGGUCGAGGCUGCAUGGCGCUGGUGGAACAACCCGUCCAACUUCGACUCGCGUCCGUUGCGCGAACGUUUCGACGAGCACAGAUUCCUCGUCAGACACACGCGCAUGAUCUGCAAGGUCGAAAAGGGCGACAAACCCGCCGCGUCGGCGAAGUCGGCGAAGAGCUCUAGUCCCACGACCGAGGCGGGUGAGACGGGGAAAAACGACGCGCUGCAGCACUGCACUCGCCGAAUGAGGCGGAUCAUGGAAGCGGUGCACGACUUGCGGCGGAGCGACGACGCCGCUGACACCGCCGCCGUCAUCAAGCUACUCGACCACCUGGGGCGAGCGGGGCUUUCCACUUUCAGCGACGCGCUCUUGGUCCUCCGUGCAACCCCGCCCAUCAAGGUCCCCACCACAGCCGACGGAAAGUCGGUCGGCAUCAAGGGUCUGGACAAGCCGCUGGCGAGGAAGCUCGCCGUUGCGUGGGGCGUGGUCACGGCGGGCUACAUGGACGCUGACUGGGGAAAGAGGCUCUUCGGCGACUUGUGGGAUGAGCAGGCCAAUAAGGCCGGCUUGGAGGCCGAGGCGACAGUGGGAGCCAUCGGCGCAGGGAAGCGCAAGAGGGCGGGCUGA